UACCUAGGGACUCAGGCGGUCUUGUGUGCCAUGUCUUCUGCUUUCUUUUUCGUAAAUGUCAAGAUCUAGGUUCAGUACAAUUCUACCUAUCAUGUCUAACAUCACAUUUAGUGGCCCAUCGUUUUUGCUGGGAGACCGAGAGGCCUCGCUGGAACUGACACCAAAGAUUCUGGGGGCGGCACUCCUUGCAGCGCUACUUCUCCUCCCAGUUCUGUGGCACUCAAAGACAGCACCACCGGGGACAAAGCCAGUGCCAGGACCGAAAGGCUUGCCACUCAUCGGAAACCUCCUCGACAUACCCAAGAAGCACGCCUGGCUCAAGUACCGAGAGUACAUUGAAGAGCAUGGCCCCAUCGUGAGGAUAAAACUCAUGGGCCAGGAGCACAUCCUGCUAGGCUCCGAGGCCGUCGUGGACGACCUCCUCAAGUCCCGCGGCGGCAUCUACAGCGGCCGGCCGCAGACCCAGGCGUGCUCGAUACUGACCCAGGAUCAACACGUGCUGAUGAUGCCCGCCGGCGAGCCCCUGCGCGUGCGGCGCCGGUUCCUCUCGCAGCUGCUCACCAGGGGCGCCGUCUCGCAGUACGAGCCGUAUCAGUGGCUAGAGGCGUACCGGCUGGUGGUCGAGAUGGUUCGAGAUCCGUCAGACUACCAAGGGCUGAUUGAGCACUUUAGCGUCGCCAUGGGUAGCCGCAUCCUCUUUGGACAAGCCAUGCCCGACCGCUCCGGUCUCCAGAAGGAGGUGAUAAAGAUCGGCCACACCUUCGAGGCGGUCCUCACACCGGGCGCGUUCCUGGUGGACGUGCUGCCGUGGAUGCGCCACCUGCCCGACCUUGUGGCCCCGUGGAAGCGGUGGCUGAAGCGCAUGUCGCGGCGGGACGAGGCCUUCUACUACCGGAUGUGGGAGCGCACCAAGGCGGAUCUCGACGAGGGCCGGGACGCGCCGUCGUGGGCGCGCCUCUGCCUCGAGGACAUGAAGCGGGCGGCGGUUGGCGGCAAGGGCAUGGGCAUCACGGAGCACGAGGCCGUGCACCUCAUCGGCGUCACCUACACGGCGUUUGGCACCACCCCCGCCAACAUGCUCUCCCUGCUGCUGGGCAUGACGCGGCACCCGGAGUGGUGGCUGCGCAUGCAGGCCGAGAUUGACGACGUCGUGGGUGCCGAACGCCUGCCGACCCUUGCCGACCUCCCACGGCUUCCGGUGCUCCGAGCCGUCUUGUCCGAGAUUACGCGCCUCUGGCCGGUGACGCCGGAUGGCGUGCCGCAUGAGCUGACGCAGGAUGACGUCUACAAGGGGUAUCGCCUCAAGGCCGGCUCCGUGAUCCACUAUGUGACUUGGGCGUGCGGGCGUGAUCCGGAGAUGUACCCCGAGCCGGACACGUUCAACCCGGGUCGGUGGAUCGACCCCAGUUUCCCCACCUACAAGGAGCCGCUCACAGAAUUCCCAACCUUGAUGAACACGCUCAUGUUUGGGAAAGGCCGUAGGCAGUGCCCCGGCAUGAUCGUGGGGGUUCGAAACGUCUACGUCCAGACCAUGAUGUUGGUGUGGGCGUGUGAUCUCGGCCGAGCGCGCGACGAGGUGACAGGCGAGGAGAUUGUGCCGCCGCUCUAUGACUACGGCGCCGGGUUCAACGUCGCUCCGAACCCCUUCAAGUUUGACCUCAAGCCUCGAGGUGCGGGGCGCAUGCGGAUGGUAGAGGCUGCGUAUGAGAAGGCACUGGCGGAGGAUCCCAUGAAGGAGUAG